AACGCACCCGGCGGUGUACAGUAAGUUUAAUCUCGUCAGUUGAUUUUUGUCUACUUUGAAACCACUUUUGACUGCAGUUUCUAACCUUCUCCGGAAUCAUUCUGCAAAAUUCUUCUGACGCCGCUGUUCGGACAACGUUAUGAUAUACAAUGGAAUACAGCACGCAUGAACAUUAAAGGAAAAUAUAAUUUUUAUCAUCUGUUCUCAUUCCUUUACAUUUCGUUUUCGGUGGAAUCUUUUUAAAUAUUUUUAAUUUCACUGUAAUAUUAUGGCCGUGAAUAAUAGUGAAACCGCAUUAAGCCAUUUAAUGGUCACGCGACUGGAAUUGGACGAAUUAAAGCUCAAUAUCAACGACAUGUUUUUGAUUAUAAAUGGAAUAAUUAUAUCUUUUAUGCAAGUCGGAUUCGCAUGUUUAGAAGCUGGAUUUGUGCAGCCCAAGAACGUGACAAACAUUUUGUUAAAAAACGUAUUGGAUUUAUUUUUCUGUGCGAUUUCGUACUGGUUGUUCGGUUACGGUUUGGCGUACGGUGGCGGUGGUUGCGGAUUCUACGGCAAAGAAUAUUUUGCCGGCGUGGGGUUGCCGGAAACCCAAAACAGCGUAUGGUUCUUCCAGUACGUGUUCGCCGCGACCGCAGCUACGAUAAUAUCCGGAGCCGUGGCUGAAAGAUGCAACUUCAUCGCUUACAUAUUCUACAGUGUAAUCGUAUCAGGAGUAACGUAUCCCAUCAUCUCCCAUUGGGCUUGGUCGCCCGACGGCUGGUUAUAUAAAAUCGGUUAUUUCGAUUACGCCGGGGCCGGGGUCGUGCACUUGUUGGCCGGCACGUGUUCUUUUGUCGGGGCACUAUUCGUGGGCCCGAGGAUUGGACGUUUCAGUUCUGUCAACACAAACGAGUACAACGGACAUUCCAUGCCGCUGGUGGCCACCGGAGCUUUGUUGCUCUUAUCGGGAUUCCUGUCGUUUAACGGUGGCUCCCAGGGGCACAUAACGGAACCCGGAGACGGGGCGACGGUCGCCAGGAGUGUGAUCAACACCAUAUUGGGCGGUAGCGGCUCGGCACUGGUGAUACUGACCUUGGGCAAAUCCGGUCUCAUCGGGGACCCGAGAUGGCCGUUCGCGACCACUAUCAACGCCGUUUUGAUCGGCAUGGUUUCGAUGUGUGGAGGCGCCAAUGAAUACUCUCAUUUAUCAGCGAUACUGAUCGGCAUGAUCAGCUGCGUCGUAUAUUUGGUAUUGCAAUGGCUCAUUCCGUGUUUAAAAGUGGACGAUCCGCUGGAAGCGACUGCUGUUCAUUUUGGAGGUGGAUUGUGGGGAGUGAUAGCUGUGCCGUUGUUCGUAAAAGGAGGAUUUUGGAAUAAUCCCGAUUCGUUGGAAGCUUUAAAAUCACAUCUGAUUGGCGCAGGAUCUAUAAUUGCAUGGUCUGUAGUUAAUAGCACAAUAUUAUUCGGAUUUCUAAAGGUUUUCGAUCUACUUCGGGUAUCUAAAGACAAAGAACUCAUCGGUUUGGAUGUGAGCAUGCAUAAAGAACAAGCGUACCCAGUAGCUGACAUUAGUAUAGAGAAAGAUUACAAAAAUAACAAGACCACUGUCAUCAGGCACGUCUACGACAAUAUGGCCAUGCAGCGUACCCAUUGAAUACAAUGAAAAAUAAGCAGACCUAUACUUAUUUAAUUCGCCGCCUCAUCGUUGUGUGAACGUGUGACCACUUUUGUUACAGAUCAGUAGACCACAACGUGUUUUCCGCAAACACUGGUGUAUAUAGUCAAUCAAUAGUAUAAUUAUAUCAUACUCUGUUGGUACAACAAUACUAUUAACAACAUAUUAUUAUUAUUAAACAUUCGUUGUGUUUUAAAUUCACUCGGUAAAUCGAUAUUUUAAAAAUUGAACAGUCAGUUUUUGAAGUCGAACAUCUAUCGACUUUGAACCGGUUCGUGUACAUCGAUUAAAUGAACGUACUCGUGUACAAUGUGUCUAGUUCAUGUAAAUUUAUAAAAUGUGUGUUUGAUUUUUAUACAUUGACUGGAAUUAAAGUACGCUAAUCGUUUCUAAAAUAAUUUAAAUAAUAAAUUAUUUUGGAAACGAUUAACGUAAA